AUGGAUCAGCUCCUCGUGCUCCUCGCGUUUCUCCUGUGCGGCCUCCUCGCCGUCUUCCGGCGCGGCCGCGCUCCUCCUCCUCCACCCUCACUUGCCAUGCACAAGAUCAGCGACCCAGCUGUCGCCCACCGCGCGCUCGUCGAGAACGCAGACGCCUUCUCGAAUCGCCCGCCCGCGCGCCUGCACGUGGCCCAGGCCGCCCGGCGACGCGGCCAGCGGAACGAGAACCUCAACACCAUGGCACACGGACCGCACUGGCGCGCCCUCCGGUGCAACCUCACCGCCGAGACCCUCCAUCCGUCUCGCCUGGCCGGCCUAGCGCCGCUGCAGCGGGAGGCCGUCCAGGGCCUCAUCGCCGCGCUGUCGUCCGCCCCCCGGGGAAGCCGGGAGGAGGUGACGGAGGUGCACCAGCACCUCUAUGGCGCCGUGUUCUCGGUCGUCGCGCGCCUGUGCUUCGGUGACGUCGUCGACGAGGACCACGUGCGCGCUAUGCGCCACGACAUACAACGCUUCCAGCUCGCCAUUGGGCUGGUCAAGCCCUUCACGGCCACGGGCUCCGUGAUGGAGAAGCUCGUGGAGUGGAGAUGGCUGCGCAGGCUCUUCGCCAUCGAUGUCCGGCUCAAGGAGCUAUUCCUCCCUCCCAUCGAGGCAUGGAGGCGGGCGGUCCGGUCUCCUCGACCACGUGACGACAACGGCCGUCGUCCGUACGUCGAGUCACUCAUCGAUCUCCGCGUCCCCAACGAGGACGGCGGCCGGCGCGCUCUUAGGGACGAGGAGAUGGUGCGGCUGAUCUCGGAGUUCCUUGGCGCCGGCACGGGGACGGUGGUGGCAAGCCUCGAAUGGGCCCUCGCCCACCUUGUCGACAAGCCGGAGGUGCAGGAGAAGCUACACUGCGAGGUCAACGACGGCGAGGUUUCCCGUGUGGGUGCAGGCAUGCCUUACCUGCAUGCCAUCGUGCUGGAGACCCUUCGCAUGCACCCACCGUUGCCGGUCAUCCCGCGCCAUGUCCAUGCCAAUGCCGUCGGAGUGCUGGCCGGAGGAAUGGCCGUGCCGCUGCCGGCCGGCGACUUUUACGUGAAUUUCUCUGCGGGGGACAUUGGCAGGGACAGCAAGAUAUGGAAGGAUCCCGACGAGUUCCUGCCGGAGCGGUUCCUUACCGGCGGCGACGGGGAGGGCAUUGGCCCGUUGCCGGCGCCCAAGCAGAUCAGGAUGAUGCCAUUUGGCGCAGGGCAUAGGUUCUGCCCUGGCGUGGGGAUGGCGAUGGUGAACAUGAAGUGCUUCUUGGCGGCACUCGUCUGCGAGUUCGAGUGGGCGCCGCCGACUGGCAUUGCCGCUGUUGACCUCACGGAGCUGGAUUCCUUCUUCAAGGUGAUGAAGAAGCCGCUUUCCGCACGUGUCACGCGACGCUCGUCAUAUCCCAUGUCCAUCGGACCUCCACCCCAGGAGAAGCUCACGAGGGAAAACUACCUCAUGUGGAAGGCUAUUGUGCUGCCCCAAAUCAAGGGCGCGCAGAUGGGCCACCACCUUGAUCCGGAGAGCCAAGCGCCGCCGGAGACACUCACCAUCACCAAUGAUGGGAAAGAGGAGCAGAUUGUGAACCUCUCCCACGUCCUCUAUGGGCAGCAAUCCAUGCCAUGUUUGCUGCCCAAAAUCAAGCUCAAGCCAUAA